GUCGACGAAGUGAGUGGCACCGAUCAACUUCGCUUGGAAUCCGUCACCCACGGUUCUACACAACCGUCAGAAGCUGAGGCUCUGUUACAAUCAAGUAACAGCUAUCGUCGAAAAUUCUGGAAGCAGCAUCGUGAAACACUCAAAGAACAGAUGCGUCAAAAACGAUUGGAGCAGUAUGAAGCGCGGAUGAAAGAACUGGGAUUGACGUCAGGUUGGACGCACACUGUUAAUACUUGUGCUAAGUCCGCCUUAGAUGAGGAAGAUGCCGAAUGGUCAGAAGGCCAAGAAGAAGAUGAGGAGGAAUUAAGUACCGACGACAGUGAAUCUAGCUCGUCUGAAUCUACCUCCGCAGAAGCUGAAGAUGAAACGGAGGAUGACGAUAACCUUCCAGUUGGGUCAUCUCGUUCGAAGCGAUCGUGCGCUUUCGCGGACGAUGAAGCGGAAGAAAGUGAGGCCGGUGCGGACUCUGGGACAGACGCUGAAGAGGACUCAGAUUCGGAACGAAAUAAAGAGACCAGCCCUGUGAUUUUGAAAUCAAUCAAUCUAGAUGCAAAAGACCAAACAGAUCAACGUUCAAUUAGUCGACGGGGUGGGGUCCUCGCCCAUUCACGGAAUGAUAGUCAUUCCCGUUUCGAUACCCUCAUGACUUUAGACGAUUUCACCGAUCUUCCUAGUCACGUGACUGAUAUGGUUGAAGAAACUGCCAAUGUUGGAAACUACACCAUGGACACAACUCGUCGACCACAGGGUAGUCUGGGGCCCGGCGAUGUGGAUCUUUUCAUAUCCGAAUAUUCUACCAUCCUUGAUCGUACCACAAAUGCUGCUUCAAUUUUGGCUUCCACUCGUUUGGAUAGCACUAUGGUAAAUGAUCGGCUGAAACCAUCAGGGAAAAGCUUUGCGCGCGAAACUUCAAUGCACACUCAGUGGAACGAUACACCUUACGAGCUACUUUACUCUCAAAAGCCUAUCAGUCAGCCUGAACCUGAUCCGAUCCGAUUUUCGAUUUUAGCAUCCCUGUUCAAGGAGCCGUUUUCACAGCCCACUGAGACCACGUUGACCGCUCCGAAUUCUCAAAUGGAACACAACAAGCGGCGUCAGUUGUUUGAAGAUUUUACUUCCUCGAACACUAAAAUUCCCGCAAGUCAGUCAAAUAUCACACAAGGAUCUCAGGAAGCCCAUGAGAAACGUCACCAAUUGUUUGCAGGCUGUAACAGUCAAACCGUACCUGGGGAUGUAACUGGAAAUGCUCUGGAGGACACAGUCCCCGUAGAAGCAUCCGUAUUAAGCCAAGAUUCUCAAGUGCUACAUAACCAACGGCGUGAGCUGUUUGGUAGUUCAGAACAGACCUUCGCCUCGGAUCUGGAGUUAAAAUCGCCGGUCACUGACGGUAUGCAACUCUCACAAUCUGGUUCACUUCGUGAACACUGUCUUCCUCUCAGCCAGUCUUUGUUUUCAGAGACUUCCAGUAUUCGUGAGGAACCAACUCCGUCCCUGAUUAUGUUGGACGAGUUUCGUGAUCCCACCUGGGACGAGUUAAAUGAUCACCGUCCAUCGGUCACCGAAUCCCAAGGAGCGAAUGUUCAUGCACCGAAUUCACAGAUUCCGCCUGACCCUGUUUCGACUGAAAAAGUUCUGCAUGGGGAAAAUCUUUACUCGAGCAACGAGGGAACCAAUGUGGUCCAGGACAAUGUACCGGAGGACGUGAAGGACGGAGAAGUAGCAGACAUAAUAUCAAAGCCGCGCGCGCGCCGCCGCCGCCGCCGCGUGGUUUUGAUUGAAGACGAUGAGGAGGAUAAACCUGGGCUAGAACAUAACCCAGAGGGAAAGUUGAAAUACCCAUCAGAUACUAGCUCUGUCUCCAAGUUUCACAAGAAUAAUUUGGAAAAAGUGGAAUCCGAAACUGGGGAGACUAACAAGACUCCGGAUGUGGAUGAAGAAGAGAUCAAAAAUGUACAGAAUAUAAUAAUUCCGAGGACUGGUAAAACUGAACAGCAGUCCAAUCGGAAAUCAGAACACGACGAAUCGGAGGAGGAGGAGGAGGAGGAGGAAGACGGAGAUGAGGAAGCGGAGGAGGUCGAUAGUGAUAGGAGAGAGGGAGAUAAACUCAACGAUCUCUCUGAGGACACGGAGGAGGCCAGUGAUGAAGAAGUAGCCCAAGCUCUAGCACUGAGGCAAGAUCGACUCGAUCAUCGUAAAGAACAUCUCAAACGGCAGAAGAAGUUUCGUGUGGAUGAUUUUCUCGAUGAGGAGGCUGAACUGUCAGGUGAUGAAAACGAACGAGCGUUUUAUAUGGAUGAUGAUGGCGAAGAUGACUAUGAUGAUGAAGAAUUGGCGGAAUUACAAGCAAACGAUGAUGAUCCAGACGUGCCCUCAGCAGGUCGUCUCCGGCGCCAAGUUGAACGCGUGCACAAUCGUUUGCAAGCGGAUCAAGAUCAGCGUGAACUACGGUUUUUGAAGGAACUCUACCUAGAAGAUGGUGAUUUGUAUGCGGAGAACGGUAAAGUGCGCGAGCGGCGUUUUCGUUGGCGUGGGCUAGAAAAUGACGAUCCUCUGGCGGAUACUUCGGGCCUAAUGGAUGAUGCCAAUGAUGACAGCGAUUCCGAAGACGAUGCUAUCGCUGUGGUUAGUCGCUUUGGUCCGAUGGAUCGAUGGUUGCAGCACACCACACGAGACUCUCAGGCAUCGUCCAAAGCUCAACCUGAACCGGGUGUUGGAGCCCCGGAUGAUGUCGACCUCGAUAAAGAUGCCUCAAAUCCGAAGGAUGCAGACGUUUCUGCAGUAUCAAAUGGUGAGGAUGAGAAACAAGUGGACAGCGAUUUAGAUGAUGGCAAAGAGAACGAGUUCGCUGCGCAAGCUCAACAAAAUUUCCAAUCGUGUGGCUCAUUAUUGAGUCGUCUGUCGUUUACGAAAGCCAAAACGCCGAGCCGCUGUGCGAAUAUCGCUGCCACCGAGCCAGAUUCCGAUGCGUUGAUGAUGGUAGACGAUUCAGAAUCAGCCUCCGGUCUCGAUGGGGCUACCGUCGGGCGUCGAAAUUCAGUAGAUUUCUUCGGUCUUCGCAACAAAGUUGGUCUGUCUUGUUUUAACGUACUCAGCCAACCCGAACCCGGCGUCAAUGGCUCUCGGACUCCGGAAAUUACAGAGCAGCACACCCGGUUCAAGGGUCGCCUAUCUCAACAAGCGCAAACACGCUCCUUCGACACGGGAAAACGAGCUUCCUGUGAACCCGUUCCGGCAAAUCUGAAACGACAACGCUCGGCCAGUGUGUUCUCCGCCUUACUUUAA